UCGUCUCGCCGAGUCGCACCUCAGUUGUUGUUAGCCUCUCGUGUCUUGUGGACGUGUUCCUCAGUCGCCUCAACAAUCGAGGCAGAACAUUUAUUCGAAAACAAUCGCACAUCGAAGAUUGAACAUCUUUUGAGACAUUAAUUGCGUCGCGAAGAAUCCAACGAGUGUCAGCUGGUGGUGGACAUUAAAUUACUAUGGGAAUAUUUCGUGAAUUUCCAAUAGUUUUCAAUCUUUAUAAGAAGUACAGUUAGACGGUACGAGUUUGAGGUAUUGUUUUGGUGGUUAUUGAGGCUGUGAUCGGGUGGAAAAUACGAUACGAGGGGUACCAGCAAUAUUUUCAAGAAGUGAUAACCCAAACAAAUACACCAAAAUAAAAAAUAAAACACUGAAGUUGGAAAAUAGAAGAUAAAAGACAACGGUUUUACCGGUGAUAAAUAAUGACAGAAAUAAUGGAGGCUAGUAGGCUGUUAUCUAAACCAACGCUAGUUCGUCGAGUUUCUGAUCUAUUCAAAGACAGCAACACAAGUGGUUCACAGCUGUUCACGCACUCAUCGAUGCAGAAGCUGCGUCACUGCUGCCAGAAUCUCAAUCUCUUCCCCUAUCUCCUGUACUCACUGGGAGAUGUGAAAAACACAACUCAAAAAUUGACGAUAAAUCAGUUGAUCACAACAUUCACAGAUCGCCUCUUCCAGCUGUACCUGAACAUUCGUCUGAUUGUGCACAGCAAACUCCAGCCAGAUCCUCAAAAAUCAACGCAAGAGGCCAAAGGAGAAGUCAAGAAAUUCACAAAAUUCGAGAGACAGAAGAGAAAACCAAAUUCCCUGCUGCUGAUUCUAGCUGUUUAUCUUGCACCACUGGUUCUCGUAUUUCAACUAGUCGGCAUUUUAUCAUUACUCGUAUUCGGUAAAUACACACCGGGCUUUGUUUUUCUACUGUCAGCUCUUCUUUUUCUCGGUUAUAUAUCCAUGAAAGUGCUGUUUCACGACAAUGACAAUCAGGAAUAUAAAAAACGGGCUAAACGAAAAAUUGAUUAAACAUUCUACUCCGCAAUCAUUCGUAAUUAUUAAUUAAUUUUAGUUCUCACUUUUUGUAUUUUCAUCAUCUCGUUCAUAUUUUUCAUCCUCGAGUUUAAUUUUAUCGAUAAUAAUUGGCUCAUUGAUGACCAGAGAACAUUUAGGCUGCGUUGUUCAUUCAUUUUGAUGAUUCCAGAACAAGAGCAAGAUAUUGUGAUCAGAUCAAUGUAAUUAAUGAUCAAUAGGCUACUUUCAUUGGAUUAAUUACUAUCGGUUAUUUUAAAUUAGGGCGUAUACUUAAUGGUGACAUAAUCACUGCUUCAUACCAUUUCUUUCGUCUGUUAUCCAUGUUUUUGUUCUUGUAUUUUGUCAGCUCAAAGUGAGGUUUGAUUUGAGUCACAGUGAAAUAAAUCUACGAAUUUAAAUGAUGCGAAUGUUGAAUAUGCAGCAAUAAGACUGAAUAUAAAAUAUUACUGUGUAGUGUGGAAAUACUGUUUUUUUUUUGUAAAUAUCUGAGGUAUAUGAGGAAGUGGUUUAAAUACAUUUAAUUAAUUCAUGUA